GGGGAAGGGGAAGGGGUAAGGGGGAGUAUUGGGAUUCGGCCUUAAUCAGGUACUACAAGACAAAAUACAAGUACUGAAUUUCAUUAAAGCUUGCCCCUGGAAACAGACCGUUCACUCUGCUGUGUAACAAGAAGGGCGCUAUGGCUGUCACAAGGAGCAGUCUUGAACUCUGUAUGAGGUGUGGACAGAAGUUGCAUAGUUCCUCUCAUCUGAAAAGCAUCAGCUGGCAGACAGUUUUACAGAUGCAGUCUACAUUCCUAAACUUGUAUAUGUCAGACGUGUUCCCCCAUCUAAAUUUACCGAAUUAAAGCAUCCAAGGGGGCAUGACACAUACAUUUUGCAUGUGCAAGACAAAUUGCAUGUUUUUUCCAAGAAGAUUAUUCUAUGGCCAAACAAGCUCCAGGAGGGAGUUAUAGAAAUGUUCCCACUGCUUCACCAGGAGCUGCUGUCGCCUGAUGAGUUGGGCACCAUCUCACCUGGAGCACCUCCAGGGAUAUUUCAGAGACUAUUUAAAAACACCUUGAAAACACACAUCUUAACUGGGUCAGGGAUCCCUUUGCCCCUGAUGUAGGUUCUAGUAUGGACUUAAUCACAGGAGGAGCUGAUUGAGAUGGCAAACCAAAACAUUUUCCUUCUCUGGCUGCAUGUAAGAAAGAACUAUCCCGCCGUGGCUGAGAGGGCUCUGAAAUGCCUUCUCCCUUUUGCAACCACCUACUUAUGUGAGUCUGGCUUUUCCCUAAAACAAAACAAAAACGGAACACGUAUUUGUAAAGGAUUUAAAGUAUGGAGAGAGACAUGUCUCAAAAUUAUAGUAGUGCCAUGAUCCAUAAAUGUUUGCGAUCUACAAAUUUGUUUUGCGAUCCACAAAAACAAAAUUCUUAAUCAUGAUUUGUAAGUUGGCAUAAAUGUGCUAUGAUUUGUACACAUAAAUGUCUAUUUGUAAAUAGUUUGUAAUUUCUCAAAAUACUUAACAUUUAGUGUGUGCAUUUCUCAUGGUCUAUCACUUAUGUAUGAGUCACGGAGGAACCGAUCGGGACCAUCAAGGGAACGGCGGUAAUUAGAGGGCCGCAAGGGAGUGUUCUGGAUUACGGAGGGAGAUAUAAGGGCGUGGCUAACAUUCGGCACACCCGGACGACGCUGUGGGAACGAGAAGGGAUCCGGGGUAAUCAGAGGACCGCAAGACAGUGAUUCGGAUUACGGAGGGAGACCUACGGACGUGGCCCUACGGACGAGGCUACCAGUCAGCACACACGGGUGACGCUGUUAGAGACUGAGACAUUCUCUCUUUUAAACUUCUAGACAUUUCGGAAGCCUGGAAAUACCUUUUAUACUGAUUAAAAUACAUUACUUUAUAUGGCAUGGUUGUUGACUGUUCCUUUGGUCAAACACACAGGUUCCUCCCUCUCAGAACGAACCAAUUGAGUUCCUAGACGUACAACUAGGUGGCGUAGUCGGUUCAACACUACACGUCGGUGACAAUUUGGCGUAGUCGGCAGGAUCUGAGACUUGGGAACAGUGUGUGACACCAAAGGACAGAAUCAUGAUGAUGCCAAUUUAUCCGGGAGCACCCUGGGUGCCAAAAUUCCAAGGCCAAGGUUGCGACAUUAGAUACAGAGAAUGGAAGGAACAGAUGCAAAGCCUGUUGGGAGUACAGGACAUGACUGAACCUUUGAAGGUGAACAUUUUAAUGGGAGCAUUGACAGGGAUGGCCAAACGUCAGGUUAGUGUGGUUGCACCAGGGCAACGAGAUACUGUUGCAAAAAUCGUUACUAUAUUUGAUGGUCGCUAUACAGAGAAGGUUCCUAUCCCUGUGUUGAGGUCCCAGUUUUAUAGUUGUACUCAAAAACCAGAUGAAUUGGUAGAAAACUACACUCUGCGCUUACAAGAACUGCAUUGUAGGUUACUGCAAUUAGACCCAGAUGGAGCCCCUACUGAUAUCCAGCUAAGAGAACAAUUCCUGUUGGGCCUCGAGGAUGGCCCCCUCCUUCAGACUUUGAAAAUCCAUGUUCGGCAGAAACCAGAUUCAUCCUUUGACGAGAUCCAGAUGGAGGCUGCGCUAUUAGAGGAAAAUCGAUAUGGAAGGAAACGGUCUGAAGUAAUUCAAACAUUUGGCUGCCCGGCUCGUUUCCAUUCUGAUAGGGGCCCCAAUUUUGAGUCGGACAUGAUGAAACAACUUUGUGACUUUUACGGCAUUGUCAAGAGUAGGACCACCCCUUAUCAUGCUUCUGGGAAUGGGAGGGUAGAGAAAAUGAACCAGACCCUGUUGAACAUGUUGAGGACCUUGGAGGCGGAGAGGAAGACUAGGUGGCCAGAAUACCUCCCCAAACUGCUGCAAGCCUACAACAGUACUGCCCACAGUGCCACUGGUUUUGCCCCAUCAUACCUAAUGUUUGGCCGACAUAUCCGACUCCCCGUCGAUGUAAGUUUAGGAGUGACUCCCGUAUACCCAAAACAAAACAUAGCGGGAUGGGUCAGAGAUCACCAUCAGAGGUUGACACUGGCAUAUAACAUUGCCAGUAAAAAGAUGAUGGAGGUAGCCUCUCGAGAAAAGCUCCAUUAUGACUUUAAGGCCCAAGCAGCCCCUAUUCUACCUGGUGAGCGGGUGUGGGUGCGGGACAGGAAUAGGCAAGGGCAAGGGAAAUUGCAUAGCUGGUGGAACCCAGAGCCUUAUGUUGUGGUUGGUCUGGUAGGCGACACAGGGGUGGUCUACAAAGUCAGACCAGAAAGAGGGGGGAAAGAAGGCACCCAACAUCGAAAUGCCCUUAAAGUUUGCACUACUCCUGUGCACCAGAUACCGGACCAGAAACUAACAUCUAGGACUGAGGUAGAAAUAAAAACUCCACUGUUUAGCACUGCACCUUUCAGCGAUGCUGUGGCUGGGACACAGCCCCCAUUUUAUGAUCUUGUGCCAAGGCUUGAAGUUGUUGGACCAGAACACCACCUACCGGUAAGGGACCCAGACAGAGGGGAAGUCCUUAGGCGCUCCGCCCGAGCCAACCUGGGUUACCACCAGGAAGUUACGGACACUAAAAGAUUGGCUUGCCCGGGCCUGGCAAGGAUAAAGUCGGGGGGGAUGUCACCGGCUUGAAAGUGAGCGGAGCUGUACCUCCGGAGUCACCGAGCCUGAUUGACAUAAGGGAAAGGACCAAUUGGAGCGCAGUUGGGCCUAAUUGACAAUAAAGGAAAGGACCAAUUGGAGCGCAGUUGGGGCGGAAUACCUGGCCUAUAAAACAAGGAAUUCACGGGGAAACAAGAGUCUUAAACCACCAACGAAGUCACAGAGGAACCACGGACGGAGAUCUAAGGGCGUGGCUAACAUUCGGCACACCCGGACGACGCUGUGGGAACGAGACGGGAACCAGGGUAAUCAGAGGACCGCAAGACAGUGAUUCGGAUUACGGAGGGAGACCUACGGACUUGGCCCUACAGACGAGGCUACCAGUCAGCACACACGGGUGACGCUGUUAGAGACUGAAACAUUCUCUCUUUUAAACCUGUAGACAUUUCGGAAUCCUGGAAAUACCUUUUAUACUGAUUAAAAUACAUUACUUUAUAUGGCAUGGUUGUCGACUGUUCCUUUGGUCAAACACACAGGUUCCUCCCUCUCAAAACGAACCAAUUGAGUUCCUAGACGUACAACUAGGUGGCGUAGUUGGUACAACAUUACACGUGCACUUAUGUAAAUCUACAAUUCCGUGUGUGAAGUGUUGAAUCUGCAUUUGUGGAUCGCCCAAUGCACGCGUUAAAUCACACAUAAAUGGCUCUUGAUUCACGGACGUAAGCCCCC